UACACUCGUUCAAACUUCCAAACUUCAACCUCUCAACCCCAACCAAACAACCAAACCACCACCCCCAAAACAAACCACCAAAAACCAUCAAAAUGCGUGCCGCCGCUGUUGUCGCUAUCUUCGCUGCCUCCGCCAUGGCCCAGACCGGCGGCUCUGCCUCUCCCACCAACGGCACCAGCGUCACCCACACCGGUGCUCCCACCACCGCCCCUACCAGCGGUGCCAACUCCCUGUCCCAGAACAUCCUCCUCGGUGUCGGUGCUGCUGCCGUCCUCGCUGCCAGCCUCUAAGCAACUUCAACUUUUUUUUAUUCGAAACCUUUCUCUCUCUUCCCUGAUAAUUUGAGGGGCUUUCGGGGAUGUCUAGCUCAAGUUUGCUAGGCUUCCUGUGAAGCUCCUUACCGACUUCUUGGGGAGGGGACCGGAGGAAAAGAAUAUAUCAUGGAUCUGGACGGGAUGGGGAUGGAGGGGGAAAAGAAGGUCAAUUUAGUUUGCCGGCAUUAGAAGUCUUGGGAGGAAGAGAGAAGAGCGGUACUUUUUUUUCGUGCUUUAUUACGACCACAGCAAAUGGGAUAAAGGAUAUACCUAUCGCUUCUUUUCUUCGAGUCAAUCAAACACUCCCAACCCAGAUCUCUCGUCUUUCCCUUCCCGGAGCCGGACUGUCCGGGGCCGCAAAAGCAACCAUGAACCGGGGUUCCUUUUUUUUUUCGACAACUCAAUUAUACCAAACGGACUGGCUUCGGCGGGAAAGGAAAGGGAUUUGGCGCGGCAAACUUAUUUUGGUGCAUUUUUGCUUUGCUUCUUUUCUCGCGACCUUCUUCUCUUUACCCUUUCUUUCUUAAUUUUUUUUGCCUUCUCGACUUCUGCAUAAAGUGCGAACAUCUAGAGAUGUUUUCGCCAACGGGAAAGAUGGCGUUUUUCUCUACUUUAUUCUAUUGGAUAUGGAAAUAAUUAUGUGCUCUUUUUUUCUCUUUUUACAACCUUUGUUCCUUUUUGGACUUUUAUUGUGUGAUGCGCUGGCAAGAUGUGAUACGAAAUUCAAGUUUCUGACUGGACUGUUUUUGCAGUCAUUUUUAGGGAAGAGAUGGCACAGGUGGUUGGGAUAUUUUUUUUCCUUUUGGAUCCGCCGAGAAUUUUCGUUCACCCAGAUAAUAGUAAUUUCCAAAUGCAACAAGACAAUU